AUGCCGUUUUACAUGACGGAUCAUCGCGCGCUGCUCGAAGCACUUCAGGUUCUCAAUCCAGGUAUCCGCGUGCCGUCAGCUCACAAAUUAGCCAACCAGCUGCUGGAUUCUUCUUACGACAAAUAUAUCAACAGGCUAACGACUAGUCUUGCUGGCAGGGUUGUUACCCUGGAAACUGACGCAUGGACGGACAUUAACGGAAUGUCCGUCAUCAACUACAUGGCUGUUUCCGAAAACCUCUUUUUCUUCCUUGAGUCCAACUACACUGGCGAGCAGAGUCACAAUACACCAUUUCUGGCUGCCGAUGUCAAACGUGUGUUGCUUAAGUACAGGGGCAUAAAGUUCGGAGGCGUCAUCACCGACAGUACGACAGCGAACAAGGCAAUGUGGGAGGAACUAUAG